AUGCCUCAAAGAAAGAAACCGUUGAAGACAGAAACACAAUAGCAUCCGCGAAGAGCCUGAUGCCGCGGUGAUUCCGCCUCUUUCUCCGCUUACAACAUGGAUUUCAACGUGAGGAAAUUCGCUACAGAUGCUGGGAUAUUCUUUUCACGAGCCGUUCAGUUUACAGAGGAGAAACUGGGACAGGCUGAGAAGACCGAGCUGGACGCUCACUUUGAGAAUCUGCUGUCCAGAGCUGACUGCACCAAAAACUGGACGGAGAAAAUCUACAGACAGACUGAAGUCGUGCUUCAGCCGAACCCUGGUGCUCGCAUUGAAGAGUUCCUGUAUGAAAAGCUCGACCGGAAGGUUCCCCCGCGGCCCACUAAUGGAGAGAUCUUAGGACAGUUCAUGCUGGAAGCCGCCAAAGAGUUUGGAGCAGAAACCCCGUACGGAAGCACCCUGAUCAAAGUGGGCGACUGUCAGAGGAGACUGGGCGGUGCUGAGAGAGAGUUUCUGCAGACCUCAUCCAUCAGCUUCCUCACACCCCUGCGCAACUUCCUGGAGGGCGACUGGAGGACCAUUUCUAGAGAGCGUAAACUUCUGGAGAAUCUGCGCUUGGAUCUGGACGCUUGUAAAGCGCGACUCAAGAAGGCCAAAGCGGCGGAGACCAAAGCUGCUGCUGUUCCAGACUUUCAAGAGACAAGACCACGUAAUUAUGUGCUGUCUGCCAGUGCAUCUGCGCUCUGGAAUGAGGAGCUUGAUAAAGCGGAGCAUGAAUUGCGUGUUGCUCAGACGGAGUUUGACAGACAGGCUGAGGUCACCAGACUCCUCCUGGAGGGCAUCAGCAGCACACAUGUGAAUCAUCUGCGCUGCCUGUGUGAGUUUGUGGAAGCGCAGGCGAUGUAUUACAGCCAGUGUCACAAAUACAUGCUGGAGCUGCAGAGAGAGCUGGGCAGCUGCAGUGGAGACAUAAGAUGCCCCGACUCUUUGGAUGUGAAUUGCCUCCCUGACAGAAGCCCCACGGACCCGUCUGCCUUCCUGCCGCUGAACUCUUCGUCUCCGCUGGAAAGAGACGCUCUGCAGAUUGAAGAAGUUCAGCCGCCAGCCAGUGGCACACGCAAGGCCAAAGUGCUGUAUGACUACGACGCUGCAGACUCCAUUGAGCUCUCGCUGCGGGCCGAUGAGCUCAUCACCGUGUACACAGUGCCUGGAAUCGACUCUGAUUGGCUGAUUGGAGAGCGAGGAAACCAGAAGGGGAGGGUGCCUGUUACCUAUCUGGAGCUGUUGAGCUAGAGAGGCGAGACACACACACACACACACACACACAGGAUCAUAGAAACUUACGAGAUCAACCCAUGCAUACAUCUCUUAACCGAAAAUCUAACUAUUGUGUGUUUACAUGCAUGUCAAUGGGGCUUCAUUUUUAUUUUUUAUUUUAAUAUUUAAGAAGCCUCUGCCAUUUUUUCUUUUAUUUUGGAGGAGUGAUAUCACUUGGUAAUAUUAAAAUCCACCGCUUCCUAAUACUAAACAUUAAACCCUUAUAAAUGAAUGAAUAAUGCAUUAUAAUUCAUAGAACGUCACAUUUUUUGAAAUCACUAAAUCACACAAAUACUCACCAGUGCAAAACGAACUUCAGAAAUGCCUGAAACAUCCACUCAUUAUGAUCACAUGUAUGUAUGUGGCUGUUUUCUUCACUAAAAACUGUCCUGUUGUCACUCAUAAUGACUUUCCUGCCUUCAGUAUACAAUUAACCAUCUUGAUUCAGCUUGUCCUGAGAGCUGAAGACUAAUAUCAGCUCACUAUUAAAUGUUCAAAGGUCUAAGCACUAGCAUAUUUGCACUGUUUGGUGACUUUGCUUUCUAGCAGACCUCCGUAAGCCUAAAUGAAACACGGCCUUAACUGCAUCUCAUGCGGACAGAUGUAACAAAUGUAAUGAACCACAGCUAAUAACGUCUGCAAUAGUGACCAUGUGAUCGAGAUCAGAAUAUGAAUGUUGAUCUCCAGCCUCAAAGUCUUCAUAAAGCUCGUCUUUCUUGCAUGAAGAACUUGACAGUGCAAUAAUACCUGCUCAUGCUCAGAAAAAGUACAGAUGCUCUGCUUUAAGUGCCACUUGAGUUAGAAUUAUUUUAAAUCUCCUUUAAUUAGACAAUCAUAUGCAGUAUCUCCAUCUUAAUGCCCAGUUUGAACUGAUUUACAGAGUUUUACUGUAACUAUUAUUGUUUUGAAAUGUGCUGUCGCCAAACUAUAUUGUUCUUUUAAAGGAAUCAUUCACCCAGAAAUGAAGAUUUGCACAUAAUGUCCUCACUUUCGGGCCAAUGUAGAUGAGUUUCUUCAUCAGAUUUGGAGAAAUGUAGCAUUGCAUCAGUGUCUCAUCAAUGGAUGCUCUGCAGUGAAUGGGUGCCGUCAGAAUGAGAGUCCAAACAGCUGAUAAAAACAUCACAAUAAUCCACAAAUAGUCCAUCAGUAGAUGUCUCGUGAAGCCAAAAGCUGCCUGUUUGUAAGAAACAAAUACAUCAAGACAUUUUUUUACUUUAAAUCAUUGCUUCCUGUCAAAAUAUGAGUUAAUAUAGUCUAUAAUAACGCUUCCAUCUCUCGUAUGACAGUGCAUCUAUGUAUUAGGCUGUUUUGGACUGUAAACGGUCUUUGAUCUGGGCAGAUUUCUCUCCUGAUUCAGAUCAGAGCACUUUUUAUUAUUAUUAAGCAAAAAUAUAUAAGUCUUAUUGGAUUUGUUUCUUUUGAACACACAGCUUUUGUCUUCUCAAGACAUUAACUGAUGGACUGGAGAGUGAUGUGGAUUAUUGUGAUGUAUUUAUCAGCUGUUUGGACUCUCAUUCUGACGGCACCCAUUCACUGCAAAGCUUUGAUGACACUGAUGCAAUGCUACAUUCCUUCAAAUCUGAUCUGAAGAAACAAACUCAUCUAGAUCUCGGAAGUUUUUAGCAAAUUUUCAUUCUGCCUGAACUAUUUCUUUAGUCUCAUCUACUGAUUUAAAUGCGUUUUGCUCUGUUUUAUUUGUUACUUAAUAAUAGUAAUAACAAUAAUACAUUUUUAAACAUCAUUUCUGAUACGCCAGUUUGCUCGAUGUAAGCCAUACUUGAUUUAUUUAUGCCAUAAUGAACUGCACUGCACAACCUGUAUUGUAUGACACCUAUUAAUAUAUUUAUUGUUUAUUUAUUUUAAACUUUUUUAGGUUUAGAGUUGGGCUUCAUAGCUUCAUCUUUAUUUAUUAUAUUAGUGUCAAAGUGCAGCUAAACAUUCUUUAGAUAUUUUGUUCAGUGUACAGUAUUUAAUGUUUUACUUUACUUUAUUGUAAAUCAUUAUGGGUUAUGUAGAAAUGAACCCAUUUAAGCCAAUGUGGUAAUUUAUUUUUUCUGAGAGGAAGCUCUUGCUGGUCAUUUCUUUUUUUUUUUAGCUCUCUUUUGCUCUUCAUUGUAUUUAAAGGCGACUCUUCAAGCCAUGUGGAGAGAAUCAAGCUUAGUAAUGUAAUAAAAGCCAUUUUAUUGCUA